AUGUUAAAAUCAAUUUCAUUAUUAAAAAAUAAUCAAAUAUUAUUAAAAAAUAUAAUUAAUAAUGGUAGAAUUAUAAAUAAUGUUGGUGAAAAAUUAUCAUCAAAAUCAUUAUUAAAAAUUAAUUAUUCAUCAUCAACAACUGAUAGAACAUUUAAUAUUUUAGAUGGUACAAUUGAUAAGAAUUCAGCAGAAUAUAAAGAUAAUUUAAUUAAUAUGAAUUCAACAUUAAAACAAUUAAAAGAAAAUAUUGAAAAGAUUAAAUUAGGUGGUGGUGAAAAAUUAAAUCAAAAGAAUAUUUCACGUGGAAAGUUAUUAGUACGUGAACGUAUUGAAGCAUUGAUUGAUGUUGGAUCACCAUUUUUAGAGUUUUCUCAAUUGGCAGGUUGGGGAAUGUAUGGUAAGGAGGAGGUUGCAGCAGGUGGUAUCAUCACAGGUAUUGGUAAAAUUCAUGGUGUUGAAUGUGUUAUUGUCGCAAAUGACUCAACCGUGAAGGGAGGUACCUACUUUCCAAUCACUGUUAAAAAGCAUUUACGUGCACAAGAGAUUGCCCAAGAGAAUAAUUUACCAUGUAUUUAUUUAGUCGAUAGCGGUGGUGCAAAUUUGCCACGUCAAGCUGACGUGUUCCCAGAUCGUGACCAUUUUGGAAGAAUCUUCUUCAAUCAAGCUAAUAUGUCUGCAAAACGUAUUCCACAAAUUGCCGUUGUCAUGGGUUCAUGUACCGCCGGUGGUGCAUACGUGCCAGCCAUGGCUGACGAAUCGGUUAUUGUCAAGGGCACCGGCACUAUCUUCUUGGGUGGUCCACCAUUGGUCAAGGCUGCAACUGGUGAGAUUGUAACAAGCGAGGAGUUGGGUGGUGCCGACCUCCAUUGUCGUACCUCUGGUGUCACCGAUCAUUAUGCUCGUGACGAUGCCGAGGCCAUCGCCAUCACUCGUCGUAUCGUGUCCAAUUUAAAUAGAAAGAAACAACCAUCACCAGUGAUCACUGAAACCGAGGAGCCACUCUAUCCAACUAGUGAAUUGGCUGGUAUCGUACCAAGUGAUUUAAAGAAGAAUUUCGAUAUUCGUAAGGUUAUCGCACGUUUAGUCGAUGGUAGUAGAUUCGAUGAAUUCAAAGAACUCUAUGGCACAACUUUAAUUUGUGGUUUUGCACGUGUACAUGGUAUGCCAGUUGGUAUCAUCGCCAACAACGGUAUUCUCUUUAGUGAAAGUGCCGUCAAGGGUGCCCAUUUCAUUGAACUUUGCAAUCAAAGAGGUAUCCCCUUAGUCUUCCUUCAAAACAUCACUGGUUUCAUGGUUGGUAAAACUUAUGAAUCUAAAGGUAUAGCCAAGGAUGGCGCUAAAAUGGUCAUGGCUGUUGCCACCGCCAAAGUUCCAAAGAUUACAAUGAUCAUUGGUGGUAGUUUUGGUGCUGGUAAUUAUGGUAUGUGUGGUCGUUCCUACAGUCCACGUUUCCUUUACAUGUGGCCAAAUGCUAAAAUCUCUGUUAUGGGUGGAGAACAAGCUGCCUCUGUUUUAGCUCAAAUUCAAAAGGAUAACAUGGCAAAAGAAAAUAAACAAUGGUCACCAGAAGAAGAAAAUACUUUCAAAAAACCAAUCUCUGAUAAAUUCGAAGAAGAAGGUUCAAUCUAUUACAGUUCAGCUCGUUGUUGGGAUGAUGGUGUUAUCGAUCCACAAGAUUCUCGUAAAGUUAUCGCUUUAAGUUUAAGUGCUUGUAUGAAUCAACCAAUUAAUCCACCAUCUGAUGGUUUUGGUGUUUUCAGAAUGUAA